AUCGCCUAGAAUAAAAUCUAGGGACUGCCCUAAAUGGAUUAGUGGCAAGAAUGAGUGAUGCAUCUACGCACGCCCACGACAACACUCAACAGCUGGGCGGUGAGCACGCCGACGCUGAAACGGAGGCGUCUAGCUUCAUGCCUCAGUAGAACGCUGGGCAUCCCAACGUACCGCUGAACACUCGGAACAACCAGAACUUCGGGAUGCCUGCUUUCAUGGCUCAAUUCCUGCAACAGAUGGCAAACGCGCUAAUGUUCCAACCGCCUCCGCCACCGCAGCGACAGAUCACCUUCAAGACUUUGAAGGAUAACGGAGCUAAAGAGUUCCUUGGGGAUCGAGUGGCUGAACCCCAGGUAGCACUGGAAUGGAUCGAUCAAGUUGCUAGAGUGCUGAAUGAUCUGAAUGUGCCAAUUGGUGAUCACCCGAAGCUAGCAUCUCAACUGCUUUGUAAAGGAACAAACGGAUGGUGGAAGCGCACCGACAGCAAGCCACAGACGCCGAAGCCGUGGACGUGGGCCUAUUUUGACAAGGCUUUCAAGAAUAAAUACAUUCCAGCCCAUUUCCGAGAGGAGAAGCGGAUGGAGUUUAUGGAGCUGUGACAAGGGAACAUAACCCUUGCCGAACUACGAUAGAAGUUGAACGCUUGGCUCAGUUUGCACCCACGUUGGUAUCCACGCCGGCUGACCAAAUUAAAGAGUUCACGAAGAGAUUGUGUUCUGAUGUGCGGCCUUACGUGUCAAUCAUAACUACCACUAACUUCUCCGAGGCGUAUGAACUGAUGGCGAAGAAAGAGAAGGACGUGGA